ACGUGUCAUCACAAAGCUCCAUUUUCUUGGUGAUACACAAUUUGCGUCCUGACGACGUCAACGUUCCUAUUGUCUUGAACUUAUUAAUAAACCAACAAUAAGAAUACAACAACCACAAACACCAUGGUUAAUAUAUUCAAGAAGAAAAAGGUGUUUGGCUUACCACUCGAACAAGCUAUUAAACAAUCACCCAUUCUCAAUGGUUUACCAUUUCCAUUGACUAGAUGUGUUGAUGCUGUGGAAAGAUAUGCACUCCAUGAAGAGGGUAUUUAUAGAAGAGCAGGUGCCAAGAAUUCCAUUGAAGCCUUAGUUAAAGCCUACGAUACUGGAAAAGAUCCAGAUCUACAAGCUCAAGACCCUUACACUGUUUGUUGUGUAUUGAAGGAGUACUUGAAGAAAUUACCAGAACCACUCACAUCCUAUGAAUUAUAUAAUGAUUUUAUGGAGAUUGGAAGAACUAGAAAGAACAAACCAAGAGAAGCUAGUGCAGAUGAAAUGAGACGAUUGAUAGAGAAAUUACCAGAAAGUUGUCGAUAUGUCUUGUAUUUUGUUAUUAGACAUUUACAAGCUGUUGCUCAACAUCAUGAUGAGAACAAAAUGAGUAUUACUAACUUGUCAAUUGUUUUUGGUCCUAAUUUGUUCCGUUCUCUAAAUGACAGUCCAACUGCAAUGCUUGGUGAUGUUUCUCAUCAAGGAUAUUGUGUCGAUUUAUUAAUUAGAGAAUCUGAUACCGUGUUUGGAUCAAUUGCUGUUGAUAAUAAGAAGAUUGCUGUUAUGGAUGAUCCUCUUUCACAAUUCACAGCUGCUCACUCUCCAGCUGCAGAAAAACCAAAAGCUGGUGAUACUGAUAAUUCUCCUGGAAAUAGAUCUUCAAGAAGAUUUGGUGGAGGACAAGAUAAGAGAAAGGGUCUCUCACUCAUUGAAUUAAAAUUGAAUGAAGACUCUCCUGCAUCUGCUGGUAGAGGAUUGUUUAGACCAGAGAGUACAAGAAUUAUUUUUAAUGAUGACAACAAAUCAAAGCAAGUUACCUAUUCUACCGAUGACAUUACUCAAUUAGUGAAAAAUAUUGUUAAUGAAACUUUGGACGAAUCUGCUCACAAGGCAUUUAAGAGAACUUUGAAUGAUGGUUAUUCCAUGUUGAGACCUCCUAAGAAGGCCUCAUGGAAAUCAGAAGAACCUGAGGAUACAUCAAUUUAUGCCACUAACAAUAGUCAACGUAGAUCAUCUGCUGUUGAAGAAUAUACCAAAGACUUGGAUCACGCUUCGGAUGUAACCUCCCCUGCUGAAGAUGAUUCUUCCACACAUGACACUAAUUCGAAUUCACACAAAGAUAUUGAGCCACUAACAGAAGAAACAAUCAAAAAACUUGAAUCACAUCCAAUAGAUAUUAACUCUCCAAUUGAAUCAAUCAAUGCAAGAUUAACCAUCAAAAGAGGUUACUACUCUCAAACAGUUUUCAAAGGUCUAGAUACUACAAGGGUAGAUGAGAAAUGGAAUGUAAACCAAUUGUAUCUAGAAAAAACAAUUAUCAGAGAGGAAAUAUAUAAUUUUGAAGAGGCCUACAAGAAAGCCAAACAUUCUCAACCAACAAAAGAAGUUAAAGAGCACUUGAGGCCAAUUUACCAACGAUAUUACCAAGCUAGAGACCUUUAUGAAUUAUUCGAAUCUAAAAACAGAUCAUUCCUCUCACAAAUGAGUAUGGAAUCACCUUUACAUCAAGUUGCUGUUUUUAAACGAAACAGUUAUUCCCAUAAGAAUGGAAAUAGAUUAAGUAACAAUCCGUAUAUGGACGGAAGAAGAUCUAUUUCAUUCUCACUUAGAGGAAAAUCAUCACAAAUUCAAUCACCAGAAUUUAAACAAAUACUCCUUAAAAACCCAGAUUAUGCAGAGAUGAGAAACAAAAAGCAACAACUGAAGAAAUCCCUUUUAACAUUUGAAAAACAAUUCAAAGACACUCACAAACGAAAGAUGAAAUACAAGAGUGACUGGGGAGAAAACUCUCAACUCUUUGAUGAGUAUAAACUCAUCCGAAGAAAAAUGGUAGAGUUUGCCCUGAAACAUUCAAGAUCAAGAAAUCACAAUCAUGAUGAAUAGUGACUACACUGAUCAUCAUGAUUGAGAGAUCUUCAUGCAUGUUUUAAAUCUUUCGUUGGAUUAGUCUUGUAAUCCAACAUAAUAAUGGAUCGUUAACAAAUAUUUGUUUCAUUCAGUACUAUGUAUAACAAUUUCAAUAAAUGAUAAACACCUCUGUCUU